GAUAGCUCGCGUAUAGUCAUGACACACAAAUAAUAAUACCAAAUAUAGCCUGGGGACCGUCUUGGCGUAGCAGUUAUUUCGUGAAAGAAUUUCAAGAGAUCCACACAAGUGAGCCAUGAAGUGUUUUGUAUUAGCUGUGACCCUGCAAGCCAUCGGCUGGAGCACCACCAUCAGCACAGCACAAUCCGUCGAAGAUUGCAUCGACAUAUCCUGCCGAACGUACAACGAAAUCAACACGCUGUGGUGUCAUGCCCUACCGACCCACUUCUGCCAGUGUCGACCGAGUCCGGUCGGGCUCUGGGUUCCCCAGGUAAUGCCAUGUGCCGAGGGAACCGUCUACAGUUUCCGGCAUCAGGUGUGCGUUCAUCCGGACAUGCGAAAUGACAAUGAUUGCUCGAACCGAUUUCCGGAUGAGUUGGAUUUGGAGCUGUGCGCGGAACCACCGGUGCCGUCCUGUGAAACAUACGAGGAAAUUAACGAGCUGUCGUGUCACCAGGAACCGAAACGAUUCUGCCAGUGCCGCCCGUUGAAGAUCAAUCCGACCGAGUAUGCCCCGUUGGCUAUGCCCUGCGCCGGGGUGACCACGUUCAGCUUCCAGCGACAAACCUGCGUCCACGAUGGGAUGUGGGAGGACAGUUGCCCCAAGGAUUGACCCCAAACAGUUAUGUUUGCUAUUAAUUUAUGAGACUGGAAUGUACUUUUUUUCUACUUCCAUUUUGGGGCGAACGGCAGCGACAGCGGCGGCGAAGAAGCGCUGUUUGUGGAAUAAAAUUUGAUCACGACUUGUCCCUUCCUCGUGUUUAGUUAAA